AAAAUAGAGCCACUCCGUUACUGAUUUUGACGUUUGAAAAGAGUGAAUUAUCUGAAAGAGUUUUAUUGGAUUUCUUGUCCAUAAAAAUUAGACCUUAUGAACGGAAGCCACUCCUUUGUUUUCUUGUUAUAAAUUUAAUUGUUAUAAGUUUAGGCAUACUAGAAAGCAUUGUAAUAUUAUUAAUUGUGGAAAAUGUGGAGAAAAUUCACAUAACUCUGACAAUUGCAUAAACGAUCAAAUUAAGAGCCUGGAUUGCCUUGGUAGUCAUCCUGCUUAUAGUUCUAAAUGUCCAGUGUACGAGAAGAGAAAAGGAUAGAGGGUAUGGAAACACGGGAGAUAAUUUCAUAUCAUGAAGCAGAGUUUAGGUUGAGGCGUGAAGAAUUACCCAAUGCAAAUGACUCAGGUAGAACGCACGCUGAGUGGAACAGGUCUCAAAAUUAG